ACACUAUGAAAGUUAAUGACAUUGGGUUGAGGGCUGGGAUAUUCACAUAGCGAAGCUGACAUUUCACGAUAGCUAUAUAACUCCGCCAUUUAUGUCUGCAGCGACAUGAUUGUUUUGUUCCCCGUAUUAUCUUCCUGGGACCGUAUUCACGAAGCAGGGGUAAGUCGUUGUCCCUGCCAGGUCAAGGGAACUCGUCUUCGAAGUUAUGGUGUCCAGACUUCGUGGAUGCUGCUUAGUACCAUAGUGCAAUUCCCGCUAAACAUCGGGGAUUUCUGUAAUUAUUCUGACCAUAUCAAAGAGUGACCAAAGGUCGCAUGACGACAAUACUUUCCCGCAGGCCCUAGUCUGCUAACAUUUAAUGUCAUUGUCUGGAAUGCAGGGAGAGUUUCUUCCGGGUGCUGGCCCAGAAAGCCAUCGACCAGCAAUUAACUUUAUGCUUGAAGAUAGGCAGACUGCAUAACCAUUACGCUUUAUAGUGCCUGCUCCAGUGUUAUACUCUGAAAUCCAGAUAUGACUCUUUGUCCAUCAGCAAUUACGUUAAAAAAAAUAAUAAUUUUUUUAAGUCAGCAUGUUAAAUUUAGAGCUCGGAAGUAGGGGUAUUAGUGGACAAAACACGUGAAACGGCCAUCGUUAAGUGUACGAGAAUGAGUCAACGGCCAACUUGAAGUGUUCUGUGGGUGAAGAGGUGGGAUGGGAGUUUGAAGGACCGUGAGGCGACAAGGACUUAUAAAAAACACAAACAAGAAAAAAAAAAAAAAAAACACACUGCUCGUGCUCACGGGUGUGGUACAGUUGGCCAGUACACGCGCCUGCGCUGUGGGCCCUCGGCUCUCGUAUACACUUGCUCAUCCAUUAUUCACUCUCCGACGCAGCACACGGGAUGAGGCAGGGAAAAGGGAGCGGGGUCACGUGAACUUGGAGAGUAAACAAGAAGCCCGGCAUGCUCCAUGAAUCUUGAGCGUCUUCAAAAAAAAAAAAAAAAAAAAAAUCGAUGCUAUCGUUGAGAUGCAGAUCUUCAGACUUCUCAUUCUUCCUUUCUCCACCCCACCACCCCGUUACACUCGCUGUUACGAUCUUUGCGGAGUGCGCAUGCGUAUAUUCUACGUUCCGUUGCCUCUCACCUGUCCCUUCUCUCAGGUACCUUCUGGCUGCCAUGACGAUUUCACCGGCCCUGUGACAACCGUUAUUUUUAUAUUAAGUUGCGAGAAAGCAAUUGUCGAUUGAAAGAAAGAAAAAAAAAAACUCUAAGAGGCACAACUGGAGGGUUCCUCCUAUAACGGGGUAUAAAAUGGUGUAAAAUUGUGCUUCGCUUUUUAUUCAGAUGAAUAAGGGGUGGUUGUACAGGUAUGGCCUCUUUCUUUAAAAAAGCGAGAAAGGGAAAAACAAGACAGCCUGCUGCUGAAGCAUGUGACAUCGCACCUGAGUCAUCACUUCCUGAAGCCAGCUCAGAAGAGACGGAGGCGAAGAAGGUACAGGUGCACACCAGCACGAUGGACCAGGAGCUUGCACGUGCGAGGGAAGAGUUGUCUCGCGCUGUCAUCGCACGUGAGAGGUGCGAAAUAGACUUGGCUCGCAAAGAAGCAGAGUUCUGUCACUGUAGGGAAGAUCUGGCACGUGCGUCAGCCAUCAAAACGGAAGUGGAGAAUGAAAACCAAAAGCUGCAGUCGGAAGUGGCGUCACUCGAGCGAGAAAUAACGAGAGCGAGAACUGACGUCGAGCGCCUCAAAGAAGACAGAGAUCGACUGAAGUCCAAGCUUGACAACAAGAAAAGACUGCUGGUUGCUUUGAAGGCGGAAAUGACGAGCAGCCGCGAGGAGAACAAGAGGCUGGAGGAGAGCAUCAAGGAGCGGGAGCUGACCUGGCAGACCAUUCGGCGGGACCUGACCACCAAGCGCGAGGACGCCAUCAGGGAGGCGUGGAACGUGAAGCGUGAAAACGAAAAACUAAAACUUCAUGUCCGCAAGCUGAAGGUCGAGAAAUCAAGCGCGCUGCUUCGUCUGUGGGAGAAGAAGCAGACCGACAAGAAGUCCGCCGGGCAGGGUAACGAUGACACGGGUACCCACGGUGUCAGUAACAGGGGCCAAGACACCAGCCAUCGAGCAACGGGUGACCGCCUUCAGGCUAAGGUGAUGUCCCUUGAACUUCAGCUGUUUCGUCAGGCUCGCUUGGUGGAGCUGCUGCUCGAUGUUCUGCAGGAGCACGACACACAGUUUACCAAGAAACAGCGCGAUGACCUCACUUCCGCUUCACUGACGCCGGCACCAAGUCCAUCUUGCUGGCCCGGAAACUCGGGUUUAGCCAAGAACUUCUUGGGUAGUUUACUGUGAUAGGAUCUGUGUUACGGACAAAUGUGACAAGGACUUUAGUUUUUCUUAUAAGACGUUAAACAGUAUAUAUAUUUCAGUAUUUCAAAUGGAAUUAUAAUUUUAAUAACUUUAAUUAAUUUCUCGGCAGCGUACUUGCACAUGCUUACGUGGCGACUGUCUGUUGCAAGUUUCAACAUUGUAAGUGUUUCCUUUGUGUCCUCUUGAAUGGAUUUGGUCUUGUGCAUAUUAUUGUAAGACAUUGUAUCUACAUGAAUACAAAUACAUUACACUACACACACACACACGUGUAUAGGAAUGAUCGAAUAUCCUGAAUGUAUUCGCACAUAGUUCAACGAAAGAAAGAAGCUCGCGCAUGCUGUUACUCAUUUAUAAUUUUUUGUCUACAUCGUUUUUAUAAAUUUUUGUAUAUCUUUAUAUCCUUGUUAUACAUUUUUUGACUCAUUGUCGAUUGACAGCUGAAUUCCACAGACUUUUGUCUCUUUUCUUACAGUAAGCAUUUAAUUCUAUCUUUUUUGUAUUACUUGCACAAAAGGUUAAAGACAGGAUGUAACUCAAUCCUGUGGCCUGAAUACACACCAAGAUUUAAAAAAAUAUUUUUGUUUUGAUGGAAGGCCAUAGUUCUUGCUUUUAAUGACUGACCACGAUUUUUAACAUUCUUUUUAAAACUCGUAAGGAAUAAACAACACUCUUGUCUGACUACUGAGGAUUAAACAACUUGUCUCUAUGGAUACAAGGUCUUCGUUAUAAUUAUAACUUAAAAACUUUCGCUCAUAAUUGUCGGCGAUCCCUGAUAAUAACAAAAAAUAGUUCACCAAGGCUACCUAUCUGCGAAGCAGCAAUUACUCGAUGAGGUCACACGAAAACAUUGGCUCCCCAUUCUGACCUCGUGACCUUUGCCCCAGCGGAACAUCAAGAGCAUGAAUCGAUACCAGCAGGUAUGCGACCAGACAUGGCGUCUGUUGUAUCCCAGGGUUCUUGGCGGCGUUGGAGUUCGAUUUUCUUCUUCUUUUUUCUUUGCUGUUGGCUGUCGAUCGUAUAAGUGCUCAUUUGGGUUGGCAGUGCUAUUGAUUUGGCCUAUCUUCUUCUUCCUUCUCCUUUAUUUCCUUUCGCUUGAAGUAAGCGCGAGAUUUGAUGGCCGAGCUCAAAGAGAGACCAUUGAGGCCCGUACUGCACUGCCCUAAAUAAUAACAAUGAUAAAAGUUUUUACACGCGCAGGGAUUCGUCUGAAAUUGAAUUCCAAUACCAUUACCACUUUAUUUCCGUUUCCGCCACUUGCGAACACGGCUGUAAACAAGAGAAUGAAAAGGUCUCGCCAGGCCUGUCAAGCAAAAGUGGAAAAUGUCAAGGUUCCCUCCGCUCAUGGCCCUCAUUCACCUAAGUGCCAUCUUGAAGCCAGAACGAGGCCCAGUGAGUCAGGUGUAGUGGCUACCGAAACAUAGACUAUGACCUAUAUAUAUAUCACAAGGUUCUACUGGGUGUGGAAUUCACUUGCCUUUCCCACGUUUAUGUUUAAAGAAGAACUAAGACUGGAAAGAUUACAAUAGACAUGCUGGAUGUUUGCAUCGCAUUCAUCGCUUAGUGUGAUAAUGUGUUUGUGUGGGUGGUCACAUGAUACCAACGAAGCAUUUCGUUUUUUGUAAUGAAAAUAAGUGUGAGAAUAUUUUGUGUUCAUUCAUAAUUCAUAAUGUUGGUGUGUACAUUCAUAAAAAA